CAUCAUUGGACGGAAAUUUUCAACAGUCCAAAAAUGGCGGAUAUGAUUAUAGGUGCUCUCAAUUAUCCGUCUUUGUCUGAAUUCUUGACGAGCAUAUCAUUUCUAGGAUCAACAUCCGAAAACAGUAUACAGUUAGACAUUGUUUCAAAUAGCAUCUCAUCUACCUCAAAUGUAGAGCUAAUACGCUUAAGCUCACACAAGGAAGAUGGGAUUGACUUUGUUUUGAAGAUUCCUUUCAUCUACGACCGGCUACUUUUGAAGUUUGUGAAAACAUUGAACUUAGAGUCAAUGAAAUGUUCAUUAACUGCACUUAAGACUUCAUCUACGUUUCAUGUCAAUUCUCACGAUAUCAAAUUACCCUUGAAUAACAGUUACACAGAUUUGUUAACUUUGAAGAUUUAUUACGAGAAUGAGCUAGUUUAUGAACUCAGUUUUUAUCGUGAACCACUCUCAAUAGUGACCAAUUUACCUCGGACUUCUCCUAAAGAAGUUAUACCCACAACAUCAUCAUCCCAAUUCAAAGACAGCCAAUCCAAGUCGACCCAUGAUAAAACACCGAGCAAAGAAAUAGCUUCCGAAAACCCUUUUCCAAUUCCAAUGGCGGACGGCCCAUUACUUCGAGAAACUCUAAACAGUUACGAACAGCUAGCUCCAUAUGUUCUCAGACACCUGCAGCAAACAAUGGAAAAUAUAAAUGCGAUGGACCAAAAUUUGAAGGGAUUAGAAUCUUCCAGAUUCCAGUUAAUUGAUACUCUGAAAGAGUUCCGCAAUGAAUAUCUUUCUACCCUUCCUAAAAGCGAUUUAGUUUAUUCAAAAUUUGAAUUCUUGCAUUCAAACUCCUCUUCCAGUGAGGACUCUAACCACUCAUUUCUCAAAGCACUCCACCAAUCCACAUCUGAAACGAAGAUUGACUUUUCUGCUUUACGUACCCUACAGAAUUUUAGCUCAAGUAAGAAGAAUUUUGAGGAGGAAAGUAAAAAAUAUUACGAUUGGCUAUCAAAGUUAAUGAGCUCUGGUAAAUCUAAAGAUGAAAAGCUACUCAUCAAAAUGAAAAACUUUGCAGUUGCUCAAAUGAAUUAUUUCAAUUUUUUAUAUGACACCGUUACACCAAUGCUUUUAUCUCUAAUUCAGCCAACUUCACCAUUCUGUAAGAAUUACUGGCGAUUGAGACCUUUGAGAGACCAAGCUGUGAAAAAGGUACAGAACUGUUCAACGUUUGAUGAAUUCUCAACUCUGAUUCGACGCUAUUCUAAAGUUACAAAUUGUAAAAAUUCCUUAUUACUUAGCGAUAAAAAUUCGUGUUAUGAAACCGAUAAAUUUGACACUCCUCUCAAGGCUGGACUCUUGUUUGUUUUUGGAGGUCAAGGAAAGUCAGGCUGGCAUAAACAAUGGUUAGUAUUGUGCAACGGUAAGCUUUUUGAGUACAUGGAUUGGAGAAAAGGAGCGGAUUUGAGGAAUUCACCAAUUGAUAUUUCGUUGUGUAAUAUCAAGCUUUUGGAUGCCAACGAUCAUAAUACUAUUGAUAUUGGAUCCCGCAAAAACUGUUUCCGUGUCAUAAAUGCCAAAGGAGUCGAGCAUGUUUUUCAGGCAUUUACAUCCGAAGAUGCUAAUGAAUGGGUGAAAGCCUUAUUUGAAGCAGGACAAAUGAUUGCAUAUGCUAAGCAGAAUAAUGAAGAGAGCAAGAGGGAGUCUUCUGCCAAGAAAUUAUCAAUUUCUAAACACACAGUUAAUACGAGCGAAAACCAGAAUAAGUACAAGGCUCAAAAUGAUUUGUCUGCGGAUAGCUCUUCGCUGCGCAAAGAGCCAUUAAGAGUUCGUACUGUCUCAUCUGUAUCAUUGUCUCUACUUCAUAUUGUUCAGCAUAAUGAUCCUUCCAAUAUUUAUUGUGCAGAUUGUGGAUCGACCGAACAAGUAGAGUGGAUAUCAUUGAAUUUGCUAGUUGUUUUUUGCAUUCAGUGCUCAUCCUCACACAGAGCAUUGGGUACCAGUAUAUCAAAGGUAAGAAGCUUGAUGCUUGAUAGUUUCGUUGGCGAAAGCAGAGCAUUGGUACAUCAUAUCAAUAAUUCUAAAAUGAACUCGAUUUACGAAGCCAACCUUCAGCCCAAUCAAAAGCCUGUACCAUCAUCUCGUAAUGAAGAGAGAUUAGAUUUUAUUACCAAAAAAUAUAUGAAGAGAGCUUUUAUCAAUAAUAGUAUCAGGAGCAACGCGCUACAACUAUUACUAGAAGGCGUGAGGGAUGACGAUGUAGUCAAGGUCCUUGAAGGAAUAGCUGGUGGCGCAGAUGUAAAUAGAAAGAUAUUCUAUUCCAUCAAUCAAUCCGGAUUAUCAAUAAUAUCCAUGACGGACAGCAAAGAACAGAAUUAUGCAAAAGUUUCUUUUCUGGAAUAUGCAUUAUUACAUCCAAGUAUCUUAGAUGGCCGUGAGGUUUUUGAUGUUGCAGAGUUAUUAGCAUUGAAUGGGUGUGACGCCGGAACCCAGAUCAGGAACGAAUCUCGGGUAAACGAAAAUGCUAAGAAAUGGUGGCAAGAUCGAAUUGAUAGAAUGAACGGUGGCGCGUUGGCGCCAUCACCACCCCCACAACGACCACUCCAACUUGGAAAUAAAAGUGGCACUGCAACUCUAGCAUCCCCAAAUGGCCCGACAGGAGCUGGUCAUAUGAUCCCCGUCAAACAGUCAGGUUACAAUUCAAACAGCAGAGUAAGCAUCUCUGGAUCCAGGCCUUCGCUAUCGAUUACAGGAUCAUACAAGAAGCCAUCCACAUCAAGCAAAUCGAAAAUAAAAAGCCCGAAGGAAGGUUUCAAUUUGUUUAAAAAAAAGAUUAAAAGCUUAGAGUAACCUUCUGCUUUUAGUUUGAAAGUUCAGAACUGUAUCUUAAAAAUGUAUGUAUUUCUUUUCGACAAAACUACCGAAUUCAUAAUGAUCUAAUAUCUAAUAUCUAAUGUUUAAUAAUUAAUUCCCCAAUCCAGCU